CCGUAUAAAAUAAGUGUGUCUAUGUAAUGCUAAGUCAUUGGAACUCCUCGCCUUGACCAUGUACCUCACACAGCAUAUCGCGGUGCUCUUGCUCUGGCUCUGCUUCGCCGUCCUCAGUGUGCAUGGCAACCCGUGGAACUGGGGACCUGCCUCGAACUCCCGACCGAGGGGUGGACCCGCCUGGAACGGCGGAGGAGACGAAUCCACCGAUAAUAUAGUAUACCACUCAGAUGGCGGCAAGUGGCGUUACUAAUUUUAACCAAGUGUGGAAGCCACGCCAACGACCAAGUCGUGAUGCAUUUUCCAGUAAAUCCAUGAAUAACUUUAUAAAUAUUUUGUUUUUAAAUUGUUUUUUCUCAGAACUUCAGUCGACACCAAUGAUAAUACUCUAUUAACGAUAUACUCAAAUAAAUAUAUUUACAUAUAUAUAUAUAACUUA